UAUGGGGAAUAAAAUUUGAUCUUUCAGCGGAACCAGGGCACAGCGUAGUGCCAAAAUGCAUUUCGCAAUACGUAACCACUAAUACACUUGUAGUAGUAACAGUAAAGGUUGGAGUCGGGUAUAAUCAAAAAAUAGAUGUCGAGGUAACCGACAAUAGCGAUGCGAACAACAAAUAUGGACAUAAACGGGAUGUUAGUGAAGAAACUCGUUUGGCUUUUACGACGCAUGCUAAUGCGGAUAUAUCAGUUUGCUUUACAAAUGCAUUGGAUGAAGGAUUCCAACCCAAUCCGCAAUAUCAUCGUACGAUUGAUCUGGACAUAGACAUAGGAGCGGAAGCCAUAGAUCCUAAUCAAUUCGAAAAACUGAAACCUAUGGAAGCAGAGCUUCGAAAAUUGGAACAAGUGGUACAAGAAAUCGUAGACGAGAUGGAAUAUCUACGGAAACGAGAGGCUAGAAUGAGAGAUACAAAUGUCCGUAACGCCUUGAAAGAAGAACAACGGCUAAUAGCACAAAGGCGAGACGAACAAGGGCUUAAAUUUGCAAAGUGGGAAUCUGGUAAACAGGGAGAACUGAAACCCGUCGAUAAUGCAUUUGGUAACGCUUCGGGCUAA